GUUGACAUAGACUCCGAUGAGUUUGCAGAGAGUGGCGAUAAUUCUCUUCACCCCCAAGCCGACAGAAUGAUCCAAUCAACACUCAUACGUCGUGUCUGGACAUCUUCAACUAACUCUGCAACAUCUCAAAAAUCUAUGGAACUCAGUCUCACCGAAUCAUCGGAGAAACUUCCCACAGGAGUGGAAGAGAUUACUAGGAAAGGAGGAUUUUCAGACUAA